AUGCCAGUUGCAAUGGAGUCCUUGGAUCAGAAGCCCUUUCGCUUGGCGCUGGGUCGAGCUGCCUGGUGGAUACCCAAUCCCGGCAGGGUGGCACGUUACCCACCCAUCCCCACACUGGAUGCCAGUUACCACUUACCUGGAACUUCCGCGGAGGAUGCGCGAAAAUUGUCAUUUGCCGCUGCUUUAAAGGAUUUGCUGCAGAACCUGUCCUUCCAUUGUUACAGCAAAUUAGUGGAGUCGGGUCGGCGGAUUCAGGAGCGUUUCUUUUGGUUCGUUUUCCACAUAACCGCGUUGAGCGUGCUAAUUGCAUUCCUCUGGGGCAGCUACACCAACGAGCAGGAGGCCCUGGUGACCACCAUGUACCAUCCGAUGUACCCCAUUUGGAAGGUGGAGUUCCCGGCCAUAUCUGUGUGCAGUCUGAACCGCAUCUCCCAACGUGCCGCCUGGCAAUAUGCCCACAAUCUAAGUGGCAAAGAUCCCAAGCUGCGCAACGCCAGCUAUUUCUACGACCAACUGAAGGCCUUCAUGUACAUGUACUACGAUCCCUCGGAUCUGAUGGACAUAGACAACGCUCUGCGCUUCCAGAGCUUCCUGGACAGAUUCGAUACGGGCGAAAAGGACCUCUUCUUCAAUACCAGGAAGCGCAUGAGUGCCCUCACUCCGAACUGCAGUGAUAUGUUUGUGAGCUGCCGGAUUGCAGGACGUCUGUUCGACUGCAUGGAUAAGUUCGAGACGACGCUGACCAGUCAUGGCUUCUGCUGCACCUUCAACUACGAUGGCAAAUAUGUAAACAAAAGGGACUUCAGGCAGCGCUACUUCGGACCCGACAUGGGAUUGGUGCUGACGCUGAAGACGGACCCCAGUGACAACUUCUACAAGAUCAAUGGCCACAACGGCUAUCCGGAUCCCUUUUCCGGCGGAGUGGCAGAGCGCGUGGCCGAGACCGGCUUUAACACCUUGCUGCCGGUGAGGGCCAAGAUCUUUGAGACCCUGCCCGAAGCGCGCAGUAUGAGUCCGUCGGUGCGCAAGUGCCUGUUCGAGAACGAGAUGCCGUGGAUCUUCGCCCGCCACUACACCUUCAGCAAGUGCAUCUCCGCCUGCAGGGCCCAGAGUGUGGUCAGCCUGUGCGAGUGCGUUCCCUUCAGCCUGCCCCACAGGUACAUCGAUGGCAGCGAGAAGCGGAUCUACUGCACUCUGCAGCACCUGGCUUGCCUCAAGCGCUACGAGUUCAAGUGGUUGAACGUCAUCACCAGUCGCGAGAACGUGACGGGGCUGGAGCACGAGCUGCAGGACGCCCUCUACUGCCCCCUCUGCCUGGCCUCCUGCACGGAGACGCGCUACAGUGUCCGGGGCGCCAUGACACUGGGCCUGCCCACUCCCAGCCAGGUCAAGGGUGCUGCGCGAAGCAAUCCCGGACCGCGUGCCAAUAACAGUUACGGCCCAGCAUUGGGUUCCGGAUCCGGAAGGGGCCCAGUCCACGGCUCAUCCUCCCCCGCCGAGCUGGCCGUGGUGCGUAUUUACUUUGCCGAAACGCACAUUCAAUACUUUCGCCAGAUUAUUAAGAGCGCCUGGUACGAGACCUUCAGUACAAUUGGCAACAUCUGCGGCAUUAUAGCCGGCUUCUCGCUGAUUGGCAUCUGCGAGCUCCUGUUUUUUCUAGCCAAACAAUUAUGGCAGGCAUGCCGCGCGGAACUGCGGGCCGAGCUCGCCCACAUCCACGUCCAAAUCCGGACGCAGGUAGCGGAACCGGAAACGGAAGCGGAAUCGGGGGCGGAGGCGGAGCGGCCGAUGAAGUUGUUUAUACUGCCGUAA